CCUAGAAGACAGAGGGGCAAGAUUUUCCCCUAGAGACACAAAAAAUUGCGAUUCUUGCUGUGUAUUUGGCUGCAAAAGCUAUGGAUUAAAAAGAUACCUCUGUGCGAUUCCACAUGUUUCCACCUAAAGGAAAGUUCUAUACUAAGAAAAAAGACAUGUUUGGAAAUAUAGAGAAGAUGGAUGUUCGAAAAGAAUGGGAAAGAGUUUUGAAAAUAGCAAAACCAGAGUUGAUAACCAAAAAGUGGGCAGUGUGUUCUUUGCACUUUGACAGGAGUGAUUACGUUCUGCCUGAUGUGCCUGCAAAACGGAGGGUUUUGCAGAAGACUGCUAUCCCUAAAUACAAUUUGCCACAAAGGCAACAAAGUGAGGAAGAAAAAGUUGUAGAAGAAAAAAAGAAGAAAAAUGAGAAGAACAGAGAAACGAGAAGAAUAAAUCGUGAGAAGCUGAAAGAAAGCAAGGACCAUGUCCAGGAUUUAUACAAACUUGUAAUGGAUCAUCAAGCACAGCAAUCUGAGGACCUGGAAGACAUACAAUGUAAUGAGGAAGGCGAGCCUAAUUUAUCGAGCCCAUUUGUCGAUGCAGGAACUCAAACGGAUAGUGGUGUAAGCGGAUGUGAACCAACGUUUGUCAAUAAAGAUGUACAAAUCGGAAGUAUAAACGUUUGUCACUUGAUUAAAAACGAUAAAGAUUUAAGUAUAAUGACUGGUAUUGAGAACUUCGGUAUCUUGAAUGCUAUUGUAGAUAUUUUAAAUACUGUGUCCAGUAUCCAAUUAAAAAGUCAUCUUAUGAUUACAAAUCAAAAGUAAUUUUGACAUUCAUGAAGCUAAAACUUAAUUUAUCGUAUUCUGCUCUAGCCGUGUUAUUCACGGGCAUUAAAUUGACUCAAAUAAGACAUGUUUUUCUUGAAAUGUUGACACUUCUGGAUGAAGUUUUGCAGUAUGCCGUAGUAUUCCCAAGUAAAAAGGAGAUUCAUAAAAACAUGCCCACAUGCUUUGAGGAUUUUAAAAACACGCGAGUAGUGAUAGAUUGCACAGAAGUCCCGAUACAAAGGCCAAAAAAUGUCUGUUGUCGUAAAAUAGCGUACUCGAAUUACAAAGGAACGUACACUGUAAAAAUUAUGACUGGCGUAACACCAGCUGGGACUAUAAGUUUUUUAAGCAGAGCAUAUGGGGGGAAAAAUUCUGACAAAUCAAUUUUCGAGCAAAGCGGUUUAAUUAAUCUUGUUGAAAAAGGCGAAGCAAUCAUGGUAGACAUGCGAUUUUUAAUUGACCAUAUUUGUUUAGAGAAUCAAGUAACAUUGAUUAGACCUCCUCUUCUAAGGAACAAAAAACAAUUUAGUAGACAAGAAGCACUUUUGAAUGCAAAAAUUGCAAAAGCUCGUGUACACGUCGAAAGAGCGAAUCAGGGUUUAAAAAUGUUUCGCAUAUUGAGCGAUACAAUGCCUAGUGGAUUAGUUUCUCGAGUGAAUGAGAUAUUUAGAAUUAUAUUAGUUGUUGUAAAUUUGAGCUCUCCUAUUUUAAAAGAUUGUCAAUUUACCACAUAAAUUUAUUUGUUAAAACUGUAAAAUAUAUUCAGUGUUCUUAAAAAGCUUUCUUUCAUGUUUCUAUUAUUUAGAUUAUUUAAGGUUAAUAAAACCUACUCGUUUAUAUGACCACUAGGGAUA